AUGGCCCCAACAGUAUCCAUAUCUUUCCCUAGCUUCAGUACCAUUGCCUUGGCUGUGGCGGGCUACGUCUUGUUCAGCAUACUCUAUCAGAUCGUCUAUUACCGCUUCUUCCAUCCUCUCGCAUAUUUCCCCGGCCCUUUUUGGGGAAGCGUGACGCGUCUUUGGAUUACCUAUCACAACGUCAAAGGAAGGGAAAACGAUGUGUGCGAAGCGCUGCACAAGAAAUAUGGCCCAGUCAUGCGCGUCACGCCUACGAUGCUCCUCAUUAGUGAUGCGACUAAAUUGCCACUCAUAUAUCAUCGCGCCGCCGACAAGUCGCAGCACUACAUCACAGGAUCCACAGGCUCGACUGAGGCUAUAUUCAAUAUGCAGAGCCACAAGAUGCAUGCGCGAUAUCGCAAGAUUGCCUCGGCGCCCUACAGCCUCACCAAUAUAAAAAAGAUGGAACCUCUGGUGGAUGCCCAGCUCCGCUAUUGGCUUUCCCGGCUGGAAGACCUCUUCGCUUCCCCAAACACGGCAACGACAAUGAAAAUGGGGGAGAAGUCUUUCGAUUUCUGCCCUUGGGCGGUCUACAUGGCCUACGACGUCAUGUCAGAGGUCGGUUUUGGCGCCCCCUUUGGCUUCGUCUCUCGAGGCGGCGACGUCGGGGGCCUGAUCAAGGGCUUGCGCGACGGGCUGUUGCCAUUUGGCAUUAUGGCACGCAUGUACCCUCUGACCAACUUGAUCAAGAAAACACGGAUUGGCGACAAGUUCUUCGUGGUAAAACCCCAGCAUGAGAAUGGCUUCGGGGCGUUGAUGCGGUUCCGCGACGAUCUGAUUGAGAAGCGUCUUCGGGAUUUGGAAGUGGGAAAGACUGUUAGGUUUGAUUUGUUACAGACAUUUAUCGAAGCUCGCGACGAGAAUGGUCAGCCGCUGCCUCUAGAAUAUAUCAAGGCCGAGAUCUUAAUCGUGCUCCUCGCUGGCGCCGACAGCACAGGCACUGCUUUCCAGGCUCUCGUCAAAUAUGUCUUAACCAGCCCACCCAUAUACACCAAAGUCAUGGCCGAGCUCGAUGCUGCCACCCAUGCCAAAAAGCUCUCGAGUCCUAUCCCUCGGCAGGAAGAAGUCCUAGCUCACUGCCCGUACUAUGUAGCUUGUGUCCGCGAAGCCAUGCGCCUCGUUCCGUCCGCUUCCAGCAUCUUCCCGCGUCUGGUCUCCAAAGGCGGAAUUGAACUCGACGGGAAAUAUGUCCCUGAGGGUCUCGAAGUCACGGCGAAUACAUACCUGGUUAAUCGCGACACGAACAUUUACGGGGAUGAUGCGGGUGAGUUUAGGCCCGAGAGAUGGUUGGAGAGCGAGGAAAAGGCGCGCGAGUAUACAAAGUACAGCAUGACGUUUGGCUAUGGGAGCAGAGUGUGUUUGGGCCAGCACCUAGCUAAAAUGGAGAUGUACAAGGCGCCGUUGCAGUUUUUCAGAAACUUUAAGGUGACACUGUGUGAUACUGAGAGGCCGGCGAGAUAUCAGGUCAAGGGGGGUGUGGCCUUCUUUGAAGACAUGUGGAUUAAUAUUCAGAGGAGGGAUCCGGAGGAGCGAGGCCAAGGCCUGGUCAGAUUGGACCGAGCGUGA